AAAUGGCAGGAUAAUGUUAGCAGAUCACCGUGAAGUUUGUGUUAAUUAGACAAAAAUCGAUAGACGAUUUCUAUUUAUUUGUUAGUCGAAACAAACUUUUACCGUUAGCCUUUCGGCGGAAGGCUGUAGUUCAAGCCAACGGGAAAUCAUGGAGAGCAAAACUUCUUCGGCAGAAAAUUCCAAUCCAGAGAAGGAGGGUAAAAGUAAUUUGAACCUAUCCGCUGAUGAGCUAAAGGAACUGGGUAAUAAAUGCGUCAAAGCAGGGAAUUUCACCGAGGCAAUUCUUCAUUACACGCACGCAAUUAAGUUAAACCCAAACGAUGCUAUUCUAUACAGUAAUCGAUCACUGGCAUUCCUCAAAAUGCAACAGUACUAUUAUGCCAAUGAAGAUGCAGAUCGAGCGAUAGCGCUGAACCCAACUUGGGCUAAAGGAUACUACCGAAAAGCGGAAGUGCACAUCGGUGUUGGACAGUACGAUACAGCACUGCUGUCCUAUGGAAAAGCACUACAACUGCAACCGCAGGACAUGGGAAUCAUACAGGCAGCUCGGAAAGCGGCUGAACUAAGCAACAAGGAUAUAGAGAAGGAAAAACGGACUCCGGCAAUGGGAGCCGGCAUUGGCUGUAUCGUGGGGAUGUGCAUUGUAUUUGCCGAUAUGUUACUAACGGAGACACCUGCCAUUAAGCACACUUCUUUAAUGGUAUUCGUCGUGCUUGUGUUGGCAGCCAUUGGAUUCGGAAUAGCUAAACUAAUACGCUAUUAUACCAAACUGCAACGAAAGGGCUUGCUAGAACCACCGGUUAAUCUUCUCGAAGAUUUUCAACCAACCAAAGACGAAGCAGCGGAAAACGGCGAUAUUGGCGGAAACGAACAAAAACCUCCUAGAAAUCGGUACUCAAAAGCUCAGGCAAGGCAACGGUUUAAAAAGGGCAAAACAUCUACGUUAUUUUGAUUAAAAUGGCAAGCCGAUAAAUAAAAGCUAGUCCAGUAAGGCACAUUCGCGUACGGCAACAUGGCAUGAUGAAUGUUUAUGGGGAUGUUCUGAUUUUUGAGUAGAAAACAAUAUCAGCACCCUUUUUCUAUGUCACUGCGACAACAUUAGGUAUAUAAUUUCAAUUGUAGUACAUUUAUUAAUUCUGAAAAAAAGAAGCGAAGAUCAGAAACCUUCCUAACUAUUUCCUGUAGGAGAAACUAUAUCCAAUGGGUGCUGUCAACUACCAUAAUUAGAGUCGAAAUUCAUGUAGGUAAUCUAUUCCUUAAGCAACCUCAAAAGUGUACUUUCAUUUAGUGUCAGUAAAAUGAACAACCACAUGUUGCUGACUCCAAUUCUAGACCGACAAGCGUUCCGCAAAAAUCUAUAGACUAUUGAAAGGUUAUGAAUAUUGAGAGCAUUUAAAAUAAACGAAGCAUUCAUAAAGAGGAUUGCAUACAGGAAAGCACGACUGGCAUAAAGUGAAAAAAUACACAUCU